CGCCGUCACGAUGGACACGCCUCUAUGUUCAAGGAACACCGUUUCAUACAUACACUGUUGUUAGCGACGUACAGGCAUUUUCAAUUCAAUUGGGGAAUACUUCUCAAAACUUCACUUUUCGUCUCCUACCAGGUGGUAGGAUAUCUGGCGGGUUGUUAGUCCGGAUCCGUCAAACUAGAUUGUCAAGUUGUAGCUGGUGGCAGCCGCUCGUGCCCUUUUGAGUAUGUGUAUACAAUGAAGAGGCGUGCAGAAGACCAAGAGCCAAUAUUUGCUCCUCAGCAACAGCAGCCACGCCGCCCCCCAGUCCAAGGUGUUGCAGAAAGUUUCCAGCACCGGGCCCUUGCUCUUGCUCCAAAUGUAAUAGAGAAACCUGCAGAGAACAUGCAGCCCUCAACCGGCAUCCAGUAUUCUCUCCCACAGGGCUACCAGGUGCCUACAAUGCCUCAAAGCACAAGUGGACAUGGACACAAUAGUACUGCGCCUCAUAUUACUCCUCAUGCACACAGUCUAGCAGUUCAGCCACAGGUUCCUGCAGUGGUUCAAGGCCAUGUCCAUCCACCUGCACCCAUAACUUCAGCCCAGGGGCAGCAGCAACAGCAGUUUCAGAGACUCAAGGUGGAAGAUGCCUUGUCCUAUCUAGAUCAAGUUAAACUGCAGUUUGGGAAUCAGCCACAAGUUUAUAAUGAUUUCCUUGAUAUUAUGAAAGAGUUUAAAUCACAAAGCAUAGACACUCCUGGUGUCAUAAAUCGUGUGUCCCAGCUCUUUAAGGGCCACCCCGACCUUAUUAUGGGUUUUAAUACUUUCUUGCCACCCGGAUAUAAAAUUGAGGUUCAGACCAACGAUCUAGUCAAUGUAACCACGCCCGGUCAGAUCCACUACAUCACCCCUCAAGGUAUUUCUGUACAAAACAUUCCUGCAAGUGGGGCACCCAGCCAACUCCCAACCCACCACCAGCAUCAGACUCUGCCACAGACUGGACCACACACCACUACUACCACCACUACGACUGCUACUCCACCACUAGCCACUCAGCCUGUGUUAAACAAAACCAGCAAGCCUGUUCAGUCUCCAGCCCAUACACCCACCAGCCAGCCCAAUCCAUCCAUCCCGGCGUAUGCCUCUCCACGUUCACCUUCAGUUCAGCCCAACACUCCUGUCAGCAGCACGCCAUCCAGUGGACCGCCCCCACAGAACAACCAGCCUGUGGAGUUUAACCACGCUAUCAACUACGUCAACAAGAUCAAGAACCGCUUUCAGGGCCAGCCUGACAUUUACAAAGCCUUCCUUGAGAUCUUGCACACAUACCAGAAGGAGCAGCGGAAUGCUAAGGAGGCUGGUGGCAAUUACACCCCAGCUCUGACUGAGCAGGAGGUCUACACUCAAGUAGCGAGACUCUUCAAGAACCAGGAGGACUUGCUCUCCGAGUUUGGACAGUUCCUGCCUGAUGCUAACAGCUCCGUGCUGUUGGGCAAGACUACACCCGACAGAGCAGAGUCGGUUCGUAAUGAUCAUGGUCCCACAGUAAAGAGACCUCCGCUGAACAAACAGAGACUGAGUCAGAAUGGCCUGCCCAUUAGAAGACCUUCUGGAGUGGCCACCACUCCACCUGCCAAGAAAAAAUCCCUAAUGAUGGGGAAGGGCCAUGGCAUGACUGAAUUCAGUAAACUCAGUACAAGCACCGAAACAAUGUUCUUUGAAAAGGUGAGGAAGGCUCUACGGAGCUCAGAGGCAUAUGACAACUUCCUACGCUGUUUGCACAUCUUCAACCAGGAAGUGAUUUCUCGCACUGAGCUGGUCCAGUUGGUCAUCCCUUUUCUGGGGAAAUUCCCAGAACUUUUUACGUGGUUCAAAAACUUCUUGGGCUACCGGGAGUCGAGUCUUGGAGAGUCGAGUCAUGCAGAAAUUUUACCUAAGGAGCGCUCUACAGAGGGCAUUGCCAUGGAGAUCGACUAUGCUUCCUGUAAGAGGCUUGGGUCGAGCUACAGAGCGCUACCAAAGAGUUACCAGCAACCCAAGUGCACAGGAAGAACCCCGCUGUGCAGAGAGGUACUGAACGACACUUGGGUGUCAUUUCCUUCUUGGUCUGAAGAUUCCACGUUUGUGAGCUCCAAGAAGACUCAAUAUGAAGAGCACAUUUACAGGUGUGAGGACGAGCGAUUUGAGCUGGAUAUCGUGCUGGAAAACAACCUUGCCACCAUACGAGCCCUGGAGACGGUGCAGAGGAGGCUUUCUCGCAUGUCGGCAGAGGAGCAGUUACGCUUCAGGUUGGACAACACCAUGGGUGGCUCCUCGGAGGUCAUUCACCGCAAAGCGAUUCAGAGGAUAUAUGGAGACAAAGCUAACGACAUAAUUGAUGGGCUCAAGAGAAACCCCGCUGUGUCUGUACCCCUGGUGCUGAAAAGAUUAAAAAUGAAGGAGGAGGAGUGGAAAGAAGCCCAAAGAGGCUUCAACAAAAUCUGGCGGGAGCAGAAUGAAAAGUAUUAUCUGAAAUCACUUGACCAUCAGGGCAUAAACUUCAAGCAGAAUGACACCAAAGUGCUGCGCUCCAAGACUUUGCUCAACGAAAUCGAGAUGUUAUACGAAGAUCGACAGGAACAAGCCUCAGAGGAAACUGCCACUCCUCCGCCCAGUGGCCCACACAUGACCCUGACGUAUGACGACAGCCAGAUCCUGGAGGAUGCUGCUGCCCUCAUCAUCCACCACGUCAAACGACAAGUGGGAAUCCAGAAAGAAGACAAGUUCAAGAUCAAACAGAUAAUCCACCACUUUGUCCCUGACCUUCUGUUUGCACGACGCGGGGAGCUCUCUGAUUUGGAGGAGGAGGAGGAAGAAGAGGAAGAGGACAUGGAAACAAAUCAGGACAGCCCCAAGAAGCCCAACGGUCUACCCGGCCCCUCAAAGUCUAAGCUCUUGUUCAGUAACACUGCUGCUCAGAAGCUGCGAGGCACAGACGAUGCCUAUAACUUGUUCCUUGUGAACAACUACUGGUAUGUCUUCUUUCGUCUUUAUCACAUCCUCUGUUCCCGUUUGCUGCGGAUUUACGGACAAGCUGAGAAGCAGAUCGAGCAGGAAAGCCGGGAGCGAGAGUGGGAAAAGGAAGUGUUGGGGCUGAAAAGGGACAAAAAUGAUAAUCCGGCAGUCCAGUUAAAGAUGAAAGAGCCAAUGGAUGUGGAUGUAGAGGACUAUUACUCCGUGUUUCUGGAAAUGGUGCGAAAUCUUUUGGAUGGGAACAUGGAGCCGGCUCAGUAUGAGGACUCCCUGAGAGAGAUGUUCACCAUCCAUGCCUACGUCGCCUUCACCAUGGACAAACUGAUCCAGAGCAUUGUCCGACAGCUCCAACAUCUCGUUACUGAUGACAUAUGCGUGCGUGUGACGGACAUGUAUCUGAGUGAGUGUGCCAAUAAAGCAACAGGCGGCUUGGUGUCCACGCAGACGUCUAGAGCUGCUGCAGAGGGAGCCUACCAACGCAAAGCAGAGCAUCUCAUGACUGAUGAGAAUUGCUUCAAGUUGAUGUUUGUGAAGAACCGUGGAUCAGUCAGCCUGGCACUAGAGCUGCUAGAUACAGAGGAGGAGAACUCUGACGAGCCCGCUGACGCAGAAAAGUGGUCAGACUAUGUUAGCAGGUACCUCACCUCAGAUUCUGCAUCUCCAGAGCUUCGUGAGCAUUUGGCCCAGAAGCCAGUUUUCCUCCCCAGGAAUCUGAGACGGAUAAGGAAGUGCCAGAGAGGAUGGGAGCAGCUACAGCAGGAGAGACUCACCAAAGGCUCCUCAGACAAGUCGCAGGACAGCAGCAGUGAGCUGAAGAUGGAGUGCAUGUUCAAACUGAACUCCUACAAAAUGGUUUAUGUCUGCAAGUCCGAGGACUACAUGUACAGGCACACCGCGCUCUCACGGGCUCAUCAGUCCCACCAGCGAGUAAACACACGGCUGCACAGACGCUUUCACACCUGGCUGGACAUCUGGGCCAAGAAACACGUGACAAGUGAAAUGUCCGCCAACACUCAGAAGUGGCUGAUGGGAGACGGACAAGAGGGACUUCUGUCCUGCACCACCACCUGCUGUCCCGAGGUCCUUCAUUACCUCAACGUUAACAAGUACCGGGUGAAGUACAGGACACUGUAGUGCGCUUAGCAGAAACAAACUGCCAGAGAUGAAUUAUUCAACCGCUCAUUACUGGACUCUGUUGCCAAAAUAUGCUGGCUUGUCCACCUGGGUUUCAAAAAGGAUGUACAUUUUAAACUUUUCACACAUGAUCCAAAAUUUGUUGCAAAUUCUGCAGCAAACUCAUAACUUAGGUUUUACACGUGUCGUUUCCUCUUUGAACCCUUCCCACCCUUCCUUAGUGAAGUAAUAGGAUUUUUAUAUGUAAAUAAACGGGACAAUUCAGGAUUUAUCCGUUCUGUUGUGCGUCUCAGCUCAAACACAAAACCCCGGUUUUACAAGACGAAAAGUGUUCUUUGUGAACACUUAAAUCAUUUUACAGAAGAAAAAAAAAGAUGGCGAGCUCCGAUUUCCUCUCAAGGUAACACCUUUUGGUCACUUCUGUUCAAAUGUUUGUGUGUUGGAUCUUGAGCUUAACAUGGCUUCCAGCUGUACACCUGUGAAUGUUUUCUCUGUUGGUGGUGAAGGUGCAGUAAUGCACAACACAUCAGUAUGUAUGUAUAUUCAGCAUUUCUGGCACCAGCUUGAUAGAUGCUUGGUAUUACGACAUUGCCAGAUGGGUGUAUCAAGCACAGUAAUUUAUAUUUGGCCCAAAACUCUGUAAAUAUGUUUUUCUGCUUUGUGUCAUAAUGUGUAGCAUACAUUAACGCGUCAGGCUUCAGGCAGAAGACUUUUCUCAAGAAAAGUCGAACUAAACCAUUUUUUACCAAAGGACAUUACUCAGAUUUCUUUUUAAUUUAAGGAAGAAAGCAAAUUUUCAAAGUGAUUAGAUCUCUCUGUGCAUUUCCACCCAAGGUUUUUCAGGCACUGUUAACACAGAUGGUUUUAGGAUGAUUGAAUGUAGCUGAGCAACAAUUCUCCUCUCAAAAGUGCAGUAUAUUGUGUGGCUGCUCUUGGAGUACUCCUGUUUUAAGAGUACUUUGAGCGUUCUUGGAUCUAAAGUUUGCAAAAGUCGAACCUGUACGACGGGUCCACAAGUUUGUUUUUAUGCGUCUGUGUUGGUGACAAACACUGGUUGGUAAACAGCUGAUCUGCAGUUAAAGGCCUUUAAAAAAAAGCAAUAAUUUCCUUUUAUUUAAGCUAUUGGUUGGUUUUUCUUGCUGUACUACGAUAGAGGAUGCUGUUCUUCCACAAUGGAGAAAUUUAAACCCAAUAAUCUUUUUAUUGCCUUUGUCUUUCUGCAUUUUAGCCAAAUUAAAAUUAAACAUUUUGGAUAUUUUAGUAAGAGGAAAGAUUGAGAUCCAUCAAACUAAAUGCUGGGAUCUGAUUUUAAAAGUAAACCUCAGAGAAAAAUGAUGCUGUGAGUUCAGCAUACGAGUUCAUUUCAUAGGCAGGAUGGAAGUAAAUGAGCUUUCAAGGCCUAAAACUGCCAGACAAGACGUCCAUUUUCCUGAAGGCAGCAGUGGGUAACAACCUGCUGCAGACAAUCUCUAAAUAGUUGAAUACCUGGGUUUUUAUUUUUAUAUUUACUGCAUUUGUGAUAGAAAAACACAAGUCCUGGUGGAGCUGAUUGUACAUACAGACAUCGUUUGUACCUCGUUUAUUGUGUCACUUCUCUUGAAUUUUAUGAUGUUGUACAUGAGUGUUAGUAUGGUGUUAAACAUUAAACAACCCUUUGAGUAGACAAAAACUCUUUAGACCAGUUCUUUCUGAAGCACACACAUUUUUAUUCGCUUUGUGACCAGUAAGCAGCAGGAGUUAAUGUGUGUGUGUUAAAAACUGCUUCAUUUUUGUGAUAGAGAAAGGAAAAUGAACAACAGAAAAGUGUUGCAUAGAGAUGCGACACUGUGUGUGUAAUGAAGUUUCCCCAUGUCGAUGGUCUGUUGGUGUGUAGAAGUUUAUGCUCGUACAUAGAUCCGUGUGCAGAUCACAUCAUCCGCUCCAAACAGCUGUAACGAAAUGCGAGAGUCAAGAAAAUUAAACAGCAGCAUCUUGAU